GAAUUGAUUUGAGUCCUCAGAACAACAUUCAAAAUUUUAACCUAUAAUAAAUUUAAUACAAGGAGAAUUUUAAUAAAUUUGUUUUUUAUUUAUUUUGUAUACAAUGGAUCAACUCAGUAAACAACUAGCUGAAGAUAUUUUCCUUCGUGAGCCUGUGGAUGCUCGUAUCCGAAAACAGAAGGAAAAACCCCAAGAUGAAGACCCACAUCCAACUCUUAAAGUGGAAAUGCAGACCAUUAGACUUCAUCCCGAUUCCCAAAAACUUCUUUUGGAUACAUUAAGAUUUAUUCAUGGACCUGAUUUCAAAUUUGGAAGCGCUAGCAAUUAUAAGGACAAAGGAUCAAACCUAGGCAAUAAAUAUUGGAUGGAAAGAGGCAACCUGGUGGUGCAAGGAGGUUUUGAUUAUUCAUUAACUAUAAAAGAUGAUGUCAAGACACCUGAAGUAAGACUUAGAGAAUUUGCAUUAGCAAAAUUAGAAAGAUAUCAUUUUCACAAGGCACAUUGUUCUGAAGCAUUGCAAAUGGCAGAAGAGAGCACAGAUAAGGCACUGGAAAUCUUAUCAUAUAAAUAUUUUAAUGCACAUUCAGAGAAGAAACCUGAUAAUAUACCUCCUGAAUCAGAGCUCUUAGAAAUGAGAAAUGACGAAAUUGCCGUUCUUGAAUCCAUCUAUGAUAGUAUAUUUAGAAUAAAGGACACACACACAUGGAGUGUGAAAAUUAGUAUGAAUUAUUUAUCCAAAAUUUAUGAAAAAACAAUGGUAAUUAGAAAAAAGGAAAAUGUUAAUUUCAAAACGAAAAAGAAAGAAGUUUGUAAACUGUUUUUGAGCGGCCCUUGCAGGUUUGGUGCUAAAUGUAAAUUUUUACAUGAAGUCAAAGUCGAAAAUGUAGUGGAAGAGAAAAGCGACCCUAUUAAUUAUGAAUUGGAGAUACGGUUUCCCAAAGACAGUGUAUACCCAUACGAAUCUCCAUUAAUAUUUUUUAAGUUAGAGACUAGUACUAAAUUGAUCCCAGAACGCACAUGUUUAUUAAUAACAGCAAGACUAUACGAAGAAGCACUUAAUUUUACACGUGAUGGUAUACCAUGUGUGUACUCUUUAGUUGAAUUAUUAAAUAACGAAGAUGAAAUCUUAAAUUAUAUCCAAUUUGCCACAAAAGAAUUCCCGAGUGCAACUGACUCUUUGUUACCACAACUUGAAAACAUAGAAAGUAAUAUUAAAAAGCCGUCUCAUUAUAGUAUAAGUAAGGUUAAAGAUAAUAGACCUAGUGUAAAUAUUGAAAACAUGAUGAAAGAAAAUAGAGAAAUUUCAAAGAGAUAUUUUGAAAAACCGGAAAACAAUAGGUACAAUAAAAUGAUGUCCGCCAGGAAAAAAUUACCGGCUUGGCAGAAGAGGAAUGACAUUUUAAAUGCAAUGAAAAAAUCACAGGUAAUAGUGAUAAGUGGAGAAACGGGGUGUGGGAAGAGUACACAGGUGCCGCAAUACAUUUUGGAUGAAUGGUUAGAGAACUUCAAUAAGGAGCCCCGGCAUGUGGAAAUUGUAUGCACUCAGCCGAGACGGAUAUCUGCUAUCGGCGUGGCUGAUAGAGUGGCAGAGGAACGGGUUGAGAAGACUGGCCAAGUUGUUGGUUAUCAGAUACGACUCGAAAACAAAAUGUCCUCAAAAACUCGGCUAUCAUUUUGUACUACGGGUAUUUUAUUACGUAGACUGGAAUAUGACCCCCAAAUAACCUCUGUUACACAUAUAAUCGUCGAUGAGGUCCAUGAGAGGUCGGAAGAGAGUGACUUUCUUCUCCUCAUUUUAAGGGACCUUAUUAAAGUGAGGAAGGAUCUACGGGUAGUACUGAUGAGUGCGACUUUGAAUGCGGAUUUGUUCUCUGAUUACUUUGACAAGGUUCCUGUUUUGGAAAUUCCAGGUCGAACAUUUCCCGUGGAACAAGUAUUUUUAGAAGAAAUAAUGGAUUUAACAAAUUAUGUAUUAGAAGAAAAUGGCCAUUUCGCUCGGAAAAUAAAGAAAGCUGAUAAAAAGAUCGAUUUCGAAACGGAAAUCGAGACGUCGGAUGUGCGUUCGGAAGCAUGCGUGGAACCGAAAAUGUCGAUACGAGACGAGAACCUCACUAUAUCUCAGGUUCUGGCUCGGUAUCCGAAAUGCAACAGGGUGACUUGGAAAAAUCUGUUUUUAAUGGAUACGGAAAAGAUAAAUAUAGAACUAAUAGAACACGUUCUAACAUAUAUUGUGUCCGGUGACCACAACUGGCCAAAAGAGGGCGCUAUUCUAAUAUUUCUUCCUGGAAUUGGUGAAAUAAUGUCGCUCCAUGAUCAACUAGCUGAAAGCCAUACAUUUAGUCCAAAAACCGGAAAAUACAAAUUAAUACCUCUACAUUCAACACUGUCAAGUGAGGAACAAGCAUCUGUGUUCAUGAACCCGGGACCUGGAGUUCGGAAGAUCGUGCUAUCGACCAACAUCGCUGAGACAUCGGUCACUAUUGAUGACUGUGUGUUUGUUAUUGAUGGAGGCAGGAUGAAGGAGAAAAGAUUCGAUUCAAAUCGUAACAUGGAAUCUCUAGACUUGGUUUGGGUAUCACGUGCCAACGCGAAACAGCGCUCCGGUCGAGCGGGACGAGUGAUGCCGGGUGUCUGUAUACACUUAUUUACCUCACAUAGAUACAAGUACCAUAUAGCAGAACAACCUGUGCCGGAAAUACAUAGGGUACCGCUAGAACAGCUGCUGCUGAAGCUGAAGAUACUACCGUUGUUUCAGAAUAUGAGCGUUCACGAAGUUCUCGCAAAAACCAUUGAACCACCAGAGAAGUACAACAUAGAUGGCGCUUUAUCACGUCUCCAAGACGUGGGGGCUUUGGACAAGGGUUUUCAGCUCACAGCGCUCGGGAAGCACCUUGCCUCGUUACCAGUGGAUGUCAGAAUUGGGAAGUUAAUGCUAUUCGGUGCUAUAUUCUGCUGCGUGGACUCGGCACUCACGAUGGCAGCUUUUUUGAGUCAUAAGAGCCCGUUUGUCGCGCCCUUUGGAAAGAAGGCUGAAGCAGAUGCCAAAAGACGUGAGUUCGCAUGCUCGAAUAGUGAUCAGCUGACAACACUGAAAGCUUAUAAAAAAUGGCAGCAAGCGAUGAAAUCCAGUACGUACGCGGGUUUAGUGUUCGCGAACGAACAUUACCUUUCGCACAAGACAUUGUUAAUGCUAGCGGAUAUUAAACACCAAUUAUUGGGGCUUCUGGCCUCUAUAGGCUUCGUCCCGGAUAUGCCUGCAUUAAGGAAGAAAAUGUGGAGGGAUUCUGUAGCGAAAUUGACGGGAGAUGAGCUAAAUUCCAACGGAAACAAUGAUCGAUUGCUGGCCACUAUACUAUGCGCUGCGCUUUAUCCGAAUGUUGUUAAGGUUCUAACACCAGAAAAAUCGUUUCACAUGCAAGCAAGCGGUGCUAUACCACGCCAAGCGACGUCAGACGAAUUAAAAUUCCGAACUAAAUCGGACGGUUAUGUCUCCCUCCAUCCGUCGUCGGUUAACUUCACAAUAGGGCAUUACACCAGCCCCUAUUUGGUGUACCAGGAGAAGGUCAAGACAACCAAAGUGUUCAUCCGGGAGUGUUCUAUGGUGCCCCAAGUUCCACUGGUUCUGUUUUCUGGUUGCAAUUUGGUUGUUGAACUUCACAACGGCACUUUUAUUGUGUCAUUGGAAGAUGGCUGGAUCAUGUUCCAAGUGGAAAACCACGAAGUUGCUGAGAUGUUAAAAGCAAUUCGAAUAGAGCUUAUAAAUCUUUUAGAAGAAAAAAUUAAUGAUCCGUCUCUAAAUUUGCUUCAUUACGAAAAGGGUAAUAAAAUUAUUAACACCAUCGUGCAAAUUGUUACUAAAGAUUAGUUACCAUAUAUUUUCGUUUGUACAGUUUACUUAAUAGAUGGCGCUAUAUUAAAGUUGUAUAUUGUCUA